AUGUACUCACGCACCCUCCACCUCUUCCGUGCAACCCGCAUCCAACGCCUCCAAUCCCCCACCUCAGGCCCAACACCCACCCUCCGCCUCUUCAGCACCUCCUUCCCCCGCUCCAUCAAAGAAGACAAGAACCGCUCCCCUGAAGAACUAGAAGCCGAAAAGCAAAAGCAAUUGAAAGCACAAAAGGAGGGAAAAGCGCAAUGGAAUGAGAACUUGGCUAGCGCUGGAGAAGCCAGCAUCACCGCGGAUAAGCAGGAAGUCAAGGAUCAUGAUAGUCACAUGGAGGAAUUGCAGAAGGAGACUGCUGGAAAGGCGGAGAAGGAACAUCCUCAUGCCACGCGUGCCACAGUAGCAAUCGUCUCUCCUACGAACCUAACCUUUCUCUACAAAUACUACUUCGAGUUUGUCUAA